GUUGUCCAUUGCACAAUGGUCCUAUAUCCAUUUCACUUGGCCAACCUACACUUAGGUCAGAUGAUUUACCAUGGCUUAUUGGAAAUACAACUGCAAGAAUUUCAAGAUUCAAGUUCUGGACUAAGACGAUGGAAAGAUCAAGAACCCUAAAGUGGCUCCUCGUAAAUACAUUUCCAGACGAAUGUCACAAGGUGAGAAAUACUACUAUUUUGAAUACAAAAAUUGAUCAGUCCCAAGAUUGUCCACAAAUUCUCCCAAUUGGACCUUUGAAUACUCAUGUAACAAUCAAGAAUGUUAGCUUGUGGGAGGAAGACUCAAGUUGCUUGGAUUGGCUAGACAAACAAGUUGUUAAUUCAGUUUUGUACAUUUCUUUUGGGAGUUGGGUUAGUCCAAUUGGAGAAGCAAAAGUAAAUGACUUAGCAUUUGCUCUUGAAUUGUUAAAAAGACCAUUUAUUUGGGUGUUAGGUCCUACAUGGAGAGAAGGUUUACCAAAGGGCUAUUUGGAGAGAAUUUCAAAACAAGGAAAAAUUGUGUCAUGGGCACCACAAAUUGAUGUUCUACAACAUGAAACAGUAGGGUGUUAUCUUACACAUUGUGGUUGGAACUCUACAGUGGAAGCGAUACAAUCCAAGAAACGCCUUUUGUGUUAUCCAAUUGCGGGUGAUCAAUUUGUUAAUUGUGCUUAUAUUGUUCAAAAGUGGCGAAUCGGCGUUAGAAUGGAUGGUUUUGGGUUAAAAGAUUUGGAAGAAGGAUUGAAAAGGAUCAUGGAGGAUGAUGAAAUGAGUGAAAGAAUUGGUAGACUAAAUGAGAUGACAAUGGGCAAGGUGGUUAGUUCAAGAGCAAUGGCUAACUUGACAACAUUCAUUUGCUGUCCAUUGCACAAUGGGCCUAUAUGCCUUUCACAUGCUCAUCCUACAUUUAGCUCAGAAGAUUUGCCAUGGCUUAUUGGAAAUUCAACUGCAAGAAUUUCAAGAUUCAAGUUUUGGACUAGGACAAUGGAAAGAACAAGAACCCUUAAGUGGCUCCUUGUAAACACAUCUCCAGGUGCAUGUCACGAGGUGCGAAAUACUACUAUUUUGAACACCCACAUUGAUGAUUCCCAAGAUCAUCCCCAAAUUAUCCCAAUUGGGACUCAUGUAACAAUCAAGAAUGCUAGCUUCUGGGAGAAAGAUUCAAGUUGCUUGGAUUGGCUAGAUAUGCAAACUGCUAAUUCAAUUAUGUACAUUUCUUUUGGGAGUUGGGUCAGUCCAAUUGGAGAAGCAAAAGUGAAUAGUUUGGCAUUGGCACUUGAAGCCUUAGAAAAACCUUUUAUUUGGGUGUUAGGCCCUUUGUGGAGACAAGGUGAUCAAUUUGUUAAUUGUGCUUAUAUUGUUAAAAAAUGGAAAAUCGGGGACAGGAUUGAUGGUUUUGGAGUGAAAGAUUUAAGAGAAGGAUUGGAAAAGGUCAUGGAGGAUGACGAAAUGAGUGAAAGAAUUGCUAAAUUAAAUGAUAUGGCAAUGGGCAAGGUGGCUAGAUCUAAAGCAAUGGCUAACUUGACAACAUUCAUUUCUGAUGUUACGAUAUGA